AUGCUCGACCAACAGACCACAGCCGCCGUCGCUGGCGUGCUGUCGAAUCUCGCGAAAUCCUACGAUCCCGCCAUAGACGGCUCCUUCACCGGCCAGGUCGCAGCAAACGGCGGCAAGCUGAACAGGAUAUUCCUCCCUGGCCCCGAAAGUCCCACGAAGACGGCUUUGGAGCUCGAGCUUUCUGCUCUCGCAGCGCGAGUACAGUACCUCGAGGCAAAGGCGAGCACGGUCAAUGAUAAUACCUUUCCAAUAACGCCGGGUGAGCCCACGGUCUCAUCACCCUUUGCUUCUGGGUCACCGACCAAUACCCCGAGGACUUUAGGCUCGAUACCGACACGCCAUUCAUCCAGCGCCAGCAAGGACAGAACAACGUGGGUGGAGAACUGGCUCGCCAAAGACGCUGCCGACGAGCAGCAGGCGCCUUCGACGAACCCGACGGGGAAGCAGCUGGGUUAUCUGCGAGAUCACCUCAACAAGCAGGCUGAGCAGAUCAAGAGCCAGCGCGAACACAUCGACAGUCUGAGCGCGGAAGUCAACAGGCACUUGCGAGAUCAAGAUGCUGCCUUUGGUCACGGUAUUGAGGAUAUCGGUGCACUCAAACGCGAGUUGGGCAAGCAUCAGCAAGCCAACCUGGCUUUCCAGAAGGCAUUGCGGGAGAUUGGAAGUAUCGUCACUGCUGUCGCGAACGGAGACCUCAGCAAGAAGGUAUUGAUACACGCCAAAGAGUUGGACCCUGAAAUCACGACCUUCAAGCGCACGAUCAACAAGAUGGUGGAUCAGCUACAGGACUUCGCCAGUCAAGUCACGCACUUGGCGAAGGAGGUGGGCACAGAGGGACGACUGGGCGGUCAGGCCUCGCUUCCAGGUGUCGAUGGUAUAUGGGCUGAGCUGACCGAUAGCGUGAAUGUAAUGGCUAGGAACCUCACAGAGCAAGUGCGUGAGAUCGCUGUAGUAACCACUGCUGUCGCGCACGGCGACCUCAGCCGCAAGAUCGUGCGGCCGGCUCGUGGCGAGAUCCUACAACUACAACAAACGAUAAACACCAUGGUGGAUCAACUGCGAGCGUUUGCAACUGAGGUGACAAGAGUCGCUAGAGAUGUCGGCACAGAAGGUGUCCUCGGCGGCCAGGCACGUAUCGAUGGUGUGCAGGGCAUGUGGAACGAUCUUACAAUCAACGUCAACGCUAUGGCUAUGAACCUGACAACGCAAGUCAGAGACAUCGCGGAAGUGACGACAGCUGUGGCGAAAGGAAACCUCACGCGCAAGGUCCAGGCUGAGUGCAAGGGCGAGAUUCUGGAGUUGAAGCUAACCAUCAACUCUAUGGUGGACCAACUCCAGCAGUUCGCACAUGAAGUCACCAAGAUUGCAAGGGAGGUCGGCACAGAAGGUCGGCUCGGAGGACAAGCUACCGUCCAUGGCGUCGAGGGCACCUGGAAAGACCUGACCCAGAAUGUCAAUGGCAUGGCUAUGAACCUAACCACUCAGGUGCGGGAAAUCGCGGAGGUGACGACCGCUGUCGCCAAUGGAGACCUCAGCAAAAAAGUUAGUGCAGAGGUCAAGGGCGAGAUCUUGGCUCUAAAGAUUACAAUCAAUACCAUGGUGGACCGAUUGAACACGUUCGCACUCGAGGUCAGCAAAGUGGCUCGUGAGGUGGGUACCGAGGGUAUACUCGGCGGCCAGGCAGAAGUGGAGAACGUAGAGGGUAAAUGGGCGGAUUUGACCAACAAUGUCAACACCAUGGCGCAGAAUCUUACCCUUCAGGUGCGAAGUAUAUCCGACGUCACGCAAGCCAUCGCACGCGGCGACAUGACGCGAAGAGUCAGCGUGCAUGCGCAGGGAGAGAUCCUACUUCUCAAAGACACCAUCAACGACAUGGUUGCCCGUCUAGACGACUGGUCGCUGGCGGUCAAGCGCGUGGCGCGCGACGUGGGCGUGGACGGGAAGAUGGGCGGCCAAGCAGAAGUGUCUGGCAUCGGUGGACGGUGGAAGGAGAUUACCACGGACGUCAACACGAUGGCGCAGAACCUUACAUCUCAAGUGCGAGCAUUUGGCGACAUCACGAACGCAGCUACUGAGGGCAAAUUCACCCAGAUCACCGUCGAGGCGUCGGGUGAGAUGGACGAGCUCAAGCGCAAGAUCAACAAGAUGGUGCAGAACCUGCGGGAGAGUAUUCAGAGGAACACCGCCGCGAGAGAGGCAGCAGAACUUGCGAACAAGACCAAGUCCGAGUUCCUGGCCAACAUGAGUCACGAGAUCCGGACGCCCAUGAAUGGCAUCAUCGGCAUGACCCAGCUCACACUGGACACGGAUCUGACGCAGAACCAGCGAGAGAUGCUCACCAUUGUGCACAAUCUGGCUGGCCAGCUCUUGACCAUUAUCGAUGACAUCCUGGAUAUCUCUAAGAUCGAGGCGAACCGCAUGGUCAUGGAGGAGAUCCCCUUCUCGAUCCGCGGAACAAUCUUCAACGCGCUGAAGUCGUUGACCUCAAGGGCAAACGAUAGGUCACUGAAUCUGGCAUAUCAGGUCGACAGCUCCGUGCCCGACUAUGUUCUGGGCGACUCCUUCCGUUUACGGCAGAUUAUUCUCAACUUAGUCGGCAACGCUAUCAAGUUCACUGAGCAUGGCGAGGUCAAGAUCGAUGUAGAGAUGGCGCCCCAAGCAGCAUGCGCGCCUGAUCAGUACGUGUUCAAAUUCGCCGUGUCCGACACCGGUAUCGGUAUCCACGGCGACAAGCUCAACUUGAUCUUCGACACCUUCCAGCAAGCCGACGGGUCUACGACGAGGAAGUUCGGCGGAACCGGUCUCGGCCUGUCCAUCUCGAGGCGCCUGGUCACUCUUAUGGGCGGUAGGAUGUGGGUCGAGUCUGUUUAUGGACAGGGUAGCACGUUCCAUUUCACUUGCAAGGUCCGCCUUGCAAACCCUAACGUCACUGCCAUCAUGCCCUCUCUCGUCCCUUACGCCAAGCAUACCGUGCUGUUCAUCGACCAAGGUCACACUGGCUUCUCCAACGAGAUCAUCAGCCAUAUCGAGGCUCUUAACUUGAAACCGUUGGUUGUUCAUUCCGAGGAAGAGAUUCCAGAGCCCAGCUCGAAGAAGGCAUUCGACUGUGUGCUCGUGGACUGCCACAGCACAGCACGGAAGCUGCGCGAUGCAGAGAAGUUCAAGUACAUCCCGCUGGUCAUGGUGACGCCCAAGGUCUCUAUAAGUCUCAAAGCCGCGCUAGAGGAUGGUAUCUCCAGUUACAUGACCACGCCAUGCCUGCCUAUUGAUCUCGGAAACGCCCUCAUCCCAGCCCUGGACGGCAGAGCUGCACCCUCCGUCUCGGAUCACUCGAAGUCCUUCAACAUUCUGCUCGCCGAAGACAACGCCGUCAACCAGCGGCUGGCCGUCAAGAUCCUUGAGAAGUACCACCACACCGUCACCGUCGCCAACAAUGGCCUGGAGGCCUUCCAAGCCGUGCAAAAGAUGCGCUACGACGUCGUCCUCAUGGACGUCCAGAUGCCCGUCAUGGGCGGCUUCGAAGCGACCGCCAACAUCCGCGAAUGGGAAGCCAAGCAAGGCCUCACACCCACCCCCGUUGUCGCGCUCACCGCCCACGCCAUGGUCGGCGACCGCGAGAAAUGCCUCGCGGCCCAGAUGGACGAUUACCUAUCCAAGCCGCUCAAGCAGAACCAGCUCAUACAGACGAUUCUGCGUUGCGCGACGCUGGGCGGUGCGCUGCUCGACCGCAACAAGGACAACAGGCUGUCGAUGCAUGGCGGCGACGGGGAGGGUGCGGUCAUGGUGCAUGCGCCGAAGGGGACGGCGACGCCGCCGCCGCCGAAGGUGACGCCGAGACGGGAGCGCCCUGCGAUGGAUCCGAGGGGGUACACGACCACGGGGAGGGAGGGCCAGGAUAGUCCGAACUUGUUGGCGGUGGAUCAGAGUGAUCCGUUAGAUGAUAGAGUGAGUGUUCCCCGCCGUCUUUUCUCCAAAUUCUCCGGCUGA